AGUAAAAGUCUUUUUUGUGGACUUCCUCUAUGGCUGUGACGCGGGGCGGAAGUCGUCGCUCACUGUCAGCAGAUAGGAAAUGGAGAGUGAAGGGGCCUCAUCGAUACAUUAGCGGUGUUGAAUGUGAUCGAUUACUCUGAUGUUGAUGAACGGAACCCAUGGAGACCCAUGAGGAGAAGCCCAUCAUCUACACGAUGGAGAACAAACCCAUAGUGACCUGUGCGGGCGAUCAGAACCUGUUCACGGCCCUGUACAGCUCACUGACCCAACAGCUGCCCAGAGAACCCAUGGAGUGGAGAAGGUCUUACGGACGAGCACCAAAGAUGAUCUAUCUGGAGGCUAAUUUUGUCCAGUUUAAGGAGGAAUUGCUUCCUAAAGAGGGAAAUAAAGCGCUGCUCACGUUCCCCUUCCUGCACAUCUACUGGACCGACUGUUGCGACACCGAGGUGUACAAGGCAUCGGUUAAAGAGGACAUGCAGCGCUGGCAGGGCGUCUUGCGUCUCCACGGGUCGGUGGACUGGCUCAUCGUGGUGGUGGAGAGUGACAACAAGAAGAAGAACAAAACCAACAUCCUGCCGCGCACCUCCAUCGUGGACAAGAUCCGGAACGACUUCUGCAACAAACAGAGCGACAGGUGUGUGGCUCUGUCUGACCCUCUGAAGGAGUCGUCUCGCUCUCAGGAGUCGUGGAGUUCGUUCCUCACUAAACUGCGCACGCUGCUGCUCAUGUCCUUCACCAGGAAUCUGGGCCGCUUCGAGGACGAGAUGCGGACGCUCCGAGAGAAACGCACUGAGCCCGGCUGGAGCUUCUGUGACUACUUCAUGGUCCAGGAGGAGCUGGCGUUUGUGUUUGAGAUGCUGCAGCAGUUUGAAGACGCUCUGGUCCAGUAUGAUGAACUAGACGCUCUUUUCACACAGUAUGUGCUCAACUUCGGCGCUGGAGAUGGUGCCAACUGGCUGGGUUCGUUCUGUCAGCCGGUGCGGAGCUGGAACGGGCUGCUGUUGCGCAGACCCAUCGACAUGGAGAAGCGUGAUCUGAUCCAGAGAGGAGAGGCCAGUCUGCUGGAUCUGCGCAGUUACCUGUUCUCCCGCCAGUGUACGCUGCUCAUCUUCCUGCAGAGACCCUGGGAGGUGACGGCCCGAGCGCUCGAACUCCUGCACAACUGUGUGCAAGAGCUGCGACUGCUGGAGGUGUCUGUGGUGAGCGGCGCGCUGGACUGCUGGGUGUUUCUCAGCUGUCUGGAGGUGCUGCACAGGAUCGAGGGCUGUUGCGACCGCAGCCAACUGGAGGCCAACUUCUCUCACACCGUGGGCCUGUGGACAUACGCUACUGAGAAGCUGAAAUCUCUGGGUGAUCUGUGUGGUCUGGUGUCAGAGAACGGCCCAAACUCUGAGGACCUGAACAAAACCGUUGACCUGCUGGCUGGUCUGGGAGCAGAAAGACCAGAAACGGCGAACAGCCUUCAGAGUCCAUAUAAAAAGCUCAAGGAGGCGUUAUCAUCCGUAGAGGCCUUUGAGAAACACUAUCUGGAGCUGUCUCACGCCGCUAUGGAGAUGUACAGGGCGAUCGGGCGGCUGCGUUCGGCUCGGCUUGUUGGGAAGAGUCUGGCUGAGUUCUACAUGAGGAAGGGAGACCCUCAAAGUGCUGAGAACUUCCUUCUGGAUUCCCUGAAGUCGUACGUGUCCGAGAGCUGGAGUUUACCGCUCACACACACACGCAAACAGAUUGCAGAGUGUCAGAAACAGCUGCAGAAGAUGGACGAAUACCUGCAGACGAGCGCUCUGCUCGCCAGCGAUGCCAACCUGAGCGAUGAAGAGAGGAAGCACUUCUGCCAGGAGAUCCUGACCUUUGCCAGCCAGACCGCAGAGAGCAAAGCUCAACAGAAAGACCCGCGUGUUGCUCUGAGCAUGAGUUCGUUCACUCAGCUUCACGAGUUGCGUUUCCGUCCCGCCUCGGCGCUGGUGCACGUCGGUGCCGUCCUGCAGCUGGAGCUGCAUCUGUGCAGUCUGAUGCCCGUGCCCGUACGGGUGGAGCAGCUCGCCGCCAGCGUCCACUUCACCAUGGAGCUGCCCGGCACGACGGCUCAGAAACGAGCCGCUCAGAACCCGGAUGGCACCGUCACGUUCCCGGCGGCCAGUCCGGUGUCAGCGUCUCCGGCGCUGGAGCUCUGCGAGAUCCAGGAACACAGUCCGUCUGAUAACGCGCUGAACACCGCCGGCGUGGUCUGUAAGAACAUGCACCUGCUGAUGCGACGCCAAGACAGCACCACGUCCCUCGACACGCCCAUCACUGCGCCAUCUGCCCUCGCUAUGGAUGAUGGAGCUCAGAUGCUUAAGGCUCAUGAUGUCACUCUGUUGCCUGGCAACAACAGCAUCGUCUUCACCGCACCAAGUCAGAAGCCCGGCACAUACACUCUCCGGCAGCUGUGCGCCACGGUGGGCCGCAUUCAGUUCGUUCUGCCUCAUAUUUACCCUGUGGUUCAGUAUGAGGUUUACUCCCAGGAGCCUCAGCUCACCAUCCAGCCUCUCACAGAGAACCUGUUGGCUGGGUUACCGCAGCAGGUGAAGUUCACCAUCCUGACGGGUCACUACACAGUGAAGAAGGGCGAUGCUCUUCAGCUGAGUAACACAGACUCCAUGCCGGUGCUGCACUCGUCCACAUGCACCGCCCGCAUCCUCAGCAGCACCGGAGAGCUGGUGGGUGAGAGCGCUCUGUCCAUCCAGUCGUCUGAGAAGGUGACGAGCAUCUCUCUUCCUCUGACGCCGCCCUACCACACGCUGGAGUUCCUGCUGGAUGUUCUGUGUCAUAUCCCAUCAUCCCCCACGCGGGUGGAGAGCGAGCAUCUGACUAACGGUCAGAUCAGUCAUCGCGCCCGCAGCAGAGCGCGCUUCAACAGCGGGAUGGCCAUCAUAGACCAGAAGGUGUCUGUCGAUUGUCCCUGGUCCAUUUACUCGACGCUGGUCUCUCUCACCUUCCAUGUGCCCUUUAAAGUCAAACACUCAUUGCUGUCUGCAGGACGGAGGAAGUUCAUCCAGGUUUGUCUUCAGAAUGUAUCGGACACUAACUUUCAGCUGACCGAUCAGACGCUGUCUGAGAAUCAACACACGCCGUCACUGGAGCUGCUCUCUCUCAACACUAAAACACACAGCGUGGUGUUCAGUCAGCAGUGUGUGUUCAGCGUGUGGGAGCUGCGGUGGAGCGGCGCGCCACCCGUCUCUCUGCAGUGUGUGUUCUCGGCCAGUUUCGCUCCUGCAGACGCGCCGGACGCGGCGCUCAAACCCUACAGCUACGAGUUCGCAGUGGAGAGAGUUUCAACUCUGUACAGCGUGCGAGCGGAGAUCUGUCCGGCCGCAGGCGAGCAGCACUGCCGCACCGGCGCCCUCUGCAGGCUGGAGGUGUCGCUCACGCGCCUCACUGAACCCAACGACACGGACCGGUCCGACGAGGAGUUCAGCGAGACGGAAGGUCUUCGCACUUCACGACUGAUGUAUGAAGUGAUUGACAACCACAGUAACUGGGCGGUGUGUGGCAAGAGUUCAGGGGUCGUGUCUAUGCCGGUCGCUGCCAUGGCGACACACAAGGUUCAGAUGGAGAUCAUGCCUCUGUUCGCGGGUCAGCUGCCCUUCCCCAACAUCCGUGUGUUCAAGUACCUGCCGCAUCACGCCAGCGUCGUCAUCCAGCCCGACACAGACUCGUGUCUGGAGAACGACAGCCUGUCGGUGCUGGAUAAGGCUCUGGAGGAUCAGGCGGACACGGCGAGUCUGCGGAGCCGCGGGAGCGUUCAGUCUCUGGGCGAGCAGCAGCCGCGGGGCGUCCCGAUGCCCAAACGCCAGGCCUUCGGACCCGGACAGGUGUUCAACGGCACGCAGGGACGCCAGGUGCUGGUGCUGCCCGGCACCGACCAUCACGUGCUGGAGGUCAACGUCACAUGACCCCGAUGGACGGCCCCGGACGCCCAUCUCUGCCGGACACUCUCAUUGGGUCGCGGGAAACACAAACAGACGUGUAUGACUGGAGCCUGACACUGGCUUUAAUUUGACUUCAUUCUUACUCCGUCACGAGACACUAGACGGCAUCCCUCAGACAUCCCAUAAUGCCUUGCAGCCCCUCCUCUCCGUGCUCAGGUGUGUGUGUGUGUGUGUGUGUGUGUGUCGCCGCUGAGCUUCAUUCGCUGUAUUCAGUGUGAGUGUUAGUGAUGAGAGCGCCACCUGCUGUACAUACUGUUGAAUACAUAGAUGAUAUUUGAAGAGAAGCAUCGGUCACCAGUCACUGAAUCAAUGAUUGUCUCACUGGGAUUUUGGGGAUUUAGAUAUUUAACUUUUUUAUUUUUUGAAGGUUUCCGGGGAAAACGAACAUUUGCGCUUUAUUGACUGUAUUGACACAGUGUUGUUCGAACACGCCCAUUCCUGCUGACAUCACAUGAUUGAUGUGUCGUCGAAUGAUCGUAUUUACACAAACACGGCAUCAGAAAAUCAGAACGACAAUAAAUGUUGUUUUUGUUUCAUGCUUUGUUGUGAAAAACAGUCGUAUUUCAGUCCACAACCAGGAGUUUUGCCUUUUUUUUUUUUUUUUGUCAUUCUGGCUAUUUUCAUGACAUUUAAUCCCUUUUGAAUCUAAAAUAUAAUUAUGUAUAAAACAUAUUUAUAUAUAAUUAUAUAUAAAAUAUUUAUAUAUAUAUAUAUAUAUAUAUGUAUAUAAUUAUAUUUAAUAUAUAUAUAUAUAUUAUAUCUAAUUUAUAUUUUAUAUAAUUGUGUGUGUAUAUAUAUAUAUAUAUAUAUAUAUAUAUAUAUAUAUACACACUACACAAUUAUAUAUAAUAUAUAAUUAUGUCACAAAUAUAAAUUAAAUAUAAUUAUAUAUGAGUUUUUUUUUUUUCCGCAGCUAUUAUAUAAAUGAGAAUGAUUUUUUUUUUUUUUGCAUAGUAAAUUUUGGGGGAAAUGUGUCAUAAUGAUCAUCAUUAUCUGUCAUAAUGCACAAAAUCUUAAUGGUUCUAAAAAAAAAUGUUAAAAUAAUCUAAAAAAAAUGUCUUGAUUUUGGGGUGAAAUAUGAGCCGUUUGUGUGUAAAUGUCACAGAUGGACGUUUGUGUUUUUACAGUCCGUCAGGAAGGAAACGGUUUCAGGCUCGUUUGUUUGAACCUGUAAACACUAACGAGUGUGUGCGAUUUGAUCAGGAGCGUCUGAGACACACGAAUCUCUCCUGAUCUCCAGCAUUAGUGACAUUCAGGAGGAAGUGAUGUUUCUCUCAAGAGGAGAACCUCUGCUGUGAAUGGUUGCUUCAGUCCGUCUGUCUCGUGUGUGUCGUACGUGUUUCAGUCCUGAGAAAACAGAUGAAGCUGUGUGUCGUCGUAUGAAAGGCCAAAACUGAUCACAUGUCCAGUUCGUCCACUGCAUCACUAUUUAUUUUGCUUUCCUCUGGAUCGGAUCAGGACCUCGUGAUUCUCACUCAUUUUGGGUGUCAAACGGGAUGUUGGGACGUCAUGAACAGUUUCACAAGCUGUUUGUAAAUUGUCAAUCAAACAUCACAGAUUGUAUUUAGAUUAUUUAAAUGAAAAGAAUAUGUACGCAUUAUACACUUGAAAAUAUACAUAUGUUUUAAAAGGG